GGGCUGGGACCUCCGGACCCAGCUUCUUACCUCGCCGGGAGCACCUUUUCCGGCUCCAGCAGCCGAUGCAUAUCGGAGCCACUCUCUGCAGAGCCAGAGGGUGGGUCGGCUUCGCAGUGUGCGCGUGAGAAUGGAUCGUAGGUCCCGAGCUCAGCAGUGGCGCCGAGCUCGCCACAAUUACAACGAUCUGUGCCCACCCAUAGGCCGCCGGGCAGCCACCGCACUCCUCUGGCUCUCCUGCUCCAUUGCGCUCCUCCGCGCCCUUGCCACCUCCAGCGCCCGCGCCCAGCAGCGUGCGGCUGCCCAGCGCCGGAGCUUUCUUAACGCCCACCACCGCUCCGCCGCCCAGGUGUUCCCCGGGCCCCCUGAAUCUGACCACGAGCAAGAGGAGGCCGACCUCGAGCUCUCCCUCCCCGAGUGCCUAGAGUACGAGGAAGUUGACUACGAAUCAGAGACCGAGACAGAGUCUGAAAUCGAGUCCGAGACCGACUUCGAGACCGAACCCGAGACCGCCCCCGCCACUGAGCCUGAGACCGAGCCCGAGGACGAGCGUGGCCCCGUGGUGCCCAAGCGCCCCACCUUCGCCCAAUCCCUCACCGAGCGUCUCAACGCUCUGAGGUUGCGGAGCCCCGACGCCUCCCCAAGUCGCGCACAGCCCAGCACUCAGGAGUCCCAGAGACCCGGAGAAGGGGAGGAGACCGAGCCCGAGGACAAGGAUCCGAGGGACCCCAAAGAGUCCGAGGAGCCAAAGGAGAAGAAGCAGCAGCGCCGCUGCAAGCCGAAGCAGCCCACCCGCCGCGACCCAUCCCCAGAGUCCCCUUCCAAAAGGGGACCUAUCCCCAUCCGGCGUCACUAAUGGAGGACGCGCCCCAGAUUCUCCUUGUUUUUCUGGACCCAGGUGCUGGAGAAUCUGGUAAAAGCACCAUUGUGAAGCAAAUGAGGAUCCUGCAUGUUAAUGGGUUUAAUGGAGAUAGUGAGAAGGCCACCAAAGUGCAGGACAU